CGCAUGCGUCAUCAGUGGAUUGCAAAUGGCGGCACUUGUUAUUGUUCAAUGGCAGACAUAAAAGAUAGGAUUUUGUACCAGGAAAUAUUCCUUUAAAGGGAUCUUGUGCUUGGAAGAUGGGGCCACAAGAGACCUAUAUUGAGACUGUCUUCACCUGUGAGGGAGAUUUCAAUGACCCCAACCUACCUGUUAGACUAAAAAGUCUGGAAAGGAAAUUAACAAAAUUAUUGUUAAAAGAAAAAGAAAAGCUGAUCUUGAAAAAGGUUGAACCAUGGAACAGUGUGCGGGUCACAUUCAAUAUCCCCAAAGAAGCUGCAGUCAGGUUACGUCAGCUAGCAGCCCAUGGAGACAGGACCCUGCUAGAGCUGGGGGUUUUAGCUGUACAGAUAGAGGGAGAUGAGGUCAUUUCAUUAACAAUAGCUGGGAAGAACAAUGAAAGGACACAGUUGGUGUUUCGUACUGCUGGACAGUCUGGAUCUAGUAGUAGCAAUAUGUUUGACAUGGCCACUUCUGAUUCCAUGAAUCGAGCAGGGCCAAGUGGUGUUGAAUCUACAAGGAAAAACAUUGCACAAUAUUUGAGACAGCAGGGAUCUACAGCAGCGGCAGCAGCAGCAACAUCAACUGCUACAGCAACAGCAUCUUCUUCCACAUCAGGGACAAUAUUUGAUUCAAUAUUUGAGCCAGGAGGCUUUAAGUCCCCAAAUACUGUUGUUACUCGCAGUGAUCCCAUCCCAUUUCACCACAUUAGUCAGCCAGCUUACACAUCACCUGGGAGGAAUACUCCUUUUAAUAACACACCUCCAGGCAGGAGCCUGACUGGCUAUACUUCACCAACUACUAGUCACAACUUACCUUCCCCUACCACCAGCCAAGUACAGGCUGGCUCACCACGGCUGUCCACAACUGUAAGUCAGGCACCAGGAUCACCGCCCUCGCCCAUGGCCUACCCUCAUCAGCUGAACAAUCUUCCAAGGCCAAGCACAGACCUGUCCACAUCCAGUCCUCUGUUGGUGAACCUUCUGCAGAUGGACCUGUCUGGUGGUCAUGCAAAUCAUUUGCCAUCAGUGGGAAAGUUCCCUAUGCAGGGACCCUUCCCUCAUUUUGGUGAACCUCCCCCAAAGAAAAAGCGGCGUCCCAGGAAGCCCAAAGAUGGCCAGGCCAAGGUGGCUACUCCCACAUCUGUCCAGGGAGAAGUGAGCAUAGAGAGCAUACCAAACCCUUUAGCAGAGCUGAACCCUGCAGCUCUAAGUACCACUGGAACAUUGAGCACAACAGCUUCAGCUUGCAUCAGGACUACAACUUCCGCAUCAACCUCAACCCUAACAUCGCAAUCAUUACCAGAGCUUGUCACAGUACCAGGAUUAUCAAAAUUAGGCAAGGUGCCUCAUCAAAGAACUUUUCCCUCAGAGAGGUUUGAAGUCUUUUCAGAGUUCAGUCCUGAAAAAAUGGUAAAUCCAUACACUGGUCAGUUAGAACCCAUUGAAAGGGACUCGGAAGGACUAAUUAUAGAUGAAAAGAAAAGACAGUUUAGUGAGAGGUUGGCAGCAGGGGCUGGAUCCUUUGCAGCUGGACAUUUACACAAUUGGUUGCCACAUGAUACAAGGCUAUAUAACAGGCCUAGUGACUUAUUUUCUCAUAAUGCACGAAAGACGGGUAAUACGAAUGUAAUACCGAAGUCUGAAGCAUCAUCUGGGUCUCAACAAAGUGACUUGAUUCCAGAGGCUAGGGUAUCUGUAGAUUUUGUGGAGGAAAACGUGUCUAAAACUCAGGGCGACACUGAUGCACCAAAUGGAGAAAUUCUCCAAAGAACUUCAGUGACUGAUCAUAAUGAAGGACGUAAAGUUGGAGAGGAGGACUCUCUCAGUGUCCCCUCAGUGUCUACUGGUGUAAUGAAUGAACAGGAGGGUGCACAACCUGUGAAUACCACAGAGGAAAAGACUCUGAAUCCAGAAUCUCCACAGCAGGAAUCGUCCUAUGAAAACGAUCCAGCAGAAAAUGUCAGCAAAGAAGACGAUAUCAGGACCAAAGAAACUGUUGAAACCCCAAUUGUGAAUAAGUUAGAAAAUUAUGAGGAGCAUGUAAAAGCAAAGCUGAAAGAAACAAUUGUCAAUGAUGUUGUUGGAAAUGUUUCUCCGGAAAGUGGAGUGGGAACUGAAAAUUCUGAAGGCAGUGGGGUCAAGCUGGACACGGGCCGACAAUCACCUAAUCAUCCAUCUGGACUGACUGUCAAUCAUAACCAUGAUUCUGAACUCAGCAGUCAGUCGUUUGAUGAUCACAUUCAACAUGACCACUCCAACUCCAGGCCAAAUCAUACUGGCUCUGUCAGCUCCUCUGAUUCAAGUCCACACAGUAGUAUGGAGAGCAUGCAUGAUCCUCCUGUCAGUGAGUCAACCAUUGUUGCUGAUAGGAGAGAUGUGAAUAUUGUGACAGUAAAUUAUGCACUUUCAACUUCACCAAAGCCACCAGACAUAGAGUACAAUAAAUUGGAGAAAACAUUGCUCAAAUCUCAUUUUGAUUUCUCGGAUGACAAGAAAGGCUUUGGAAGUAUUGAAGUGCAAAAUGCAAUGGAUGUGUUCACAGAUACCAAAUCUUUGGAUAUUUUAAAGAAAAAGGAGUUGGGCAUGAAUUUUCAUUCAAGUGAAAUUCUACCACUUAAAAGUGAAAAAAUUGAAAUGUUGACCAAUUCACACUCAGGAGAAAACAACAAUGUGAUGAACUGUCAUACAGAAAUAGAUUCCAAAAGGAUAGAUGUAGACACGGCCAGUGGCACUUUCAAGGAAUGUGAAGAUCAGACAACUUCACGUGAAGUUCCUGUAGAACUGGACACUCAAAGUCAGGAGGUGAAUGACACUGAAUCAGAAUCAAAAGUUGAACCUGAUAGUAUCAGGCCAGUGAUUGAUGAAUCCCCUGUACCCAUUGGCACAGCUAAAGAAGAAACCUUUCCAGUGACGGAUUUACCUACCACUUCAGAAGAAACCCAAGAGAGUGCCUUGUUUGUAGCAGAACCAUCAAGUUCAGCGAGUGAAGAUAAAGUAGAGAUUUCCAAGGUGCCAUCUGAAGAUAUGGAGGAGAAGUCUCCUGAACAAGGCAAAAUGGAUAUGGAAGAACAACCUACUGCUGUAGAAACAACCAAGUCACCACAAAUAGAGGAGAAUCCCUUACCAUGUGAAGCUGCUGAAAUUAAAACUGAGCAAAAUGAAACAAACUUGAAUACCUCAUCACCACUAGUGGAGUCUAUGGAUGUGCCAAUUGAGACGUCUCACACAUCUCACACUGACAAUGCUAGUAGCGUUUUAGAAGCAGAGAGCACAGAUUCAAUUUCAGAAGAUGCUGGAAAUGACUCUGAAGUGAAGUGUGCUUUACCAAUUGAUUCACAAAGCAAUACUGGAAAUGAUGAAGAAAAAUUGGACGUUUGUGAUUCUGCAAUGGAGACUAACAUUCCCAAGGAAGAUGCCCCUGUUGUUGGGAAUGAUGAGAUAGCAGUUAUACCAGACUGUAAAGAUGGGGAGCUCACUAACUCAGAAAAGGAGACAGCUAUAGUGGAGAAAGAGGUGACCAUGCUGCCAUCUAUUGGCGAAAAUGAAAAUGAAGUUACUGAUUAUAACAGCAGCAGUAUAGCUCAUGAAGAUGAGUUGAGAAAUGAUGGGAAAGAUGAAGGAGAGAGUGCGGGGAAGCCAGAUAUUGAAAGUACUGAAGUAAAUGCAACAGAAACUCCUGUUAAUGAAAGUACAGAAAAUAUUCCCAUGGGGAUUGAGGAAAAUAUGGCAUCUGCUAAUGAAGAUACAUCUGCAGAGAUUUCUGUAGUGAAGGACUCGGUGAGUGAAUAUCAGACUGAGCAGGCAACUGUUGUAGAGGAAACGGACAAAGAUGGUGAUGUAUCUGACCUCUCAUCACCAAAUAUUGACCAAGGUGUUAUGGACAUUGGAGACACUGUUAAUCCCCCAGCUUCUGUAGUCACUGAGGAUGUUAUGCCAAUUAAUGAAGGUCAGCAAAAAGAUGAGCCUGGUGAUAAAGAUGUUUCAGAUAUGACCCCAGAAGCAGAAGUAGUGGAACCUUCUUUACCUAUUCAGCAGCUUGAGACCAAGGAAAUAAAUAGUUCAGAGAUAAAAGAUAUACCUGUGGAAGGUGAACAAAAAGAGACAAACACUGUUACUGAGUCAGUUCUAGAAACUGAAGAUGUACACAUUCCAACUUCUGAAAAUACCAAUGUUGUUGAUAGUAAUCAAGAAGAGCAACCACCUGGAGAAAGUGGGAUGAAUUCUGCUGUAAAUGAUAUUAUCAGCAAAGAAAAUUUGUGCACAGAAGAGGAUGUACCUUUAAGUCAUGCAGACACUAAUACAAAAGAAGCAAGCCCUUCUCCAUCAAAACCUCCCAGCAAGCUUCGCCAUAAAGGAAUCUCUAUUUUAAAACCUAUGUAUGAUCGAGAUGCAGAAAUUAGGAGAGAGGCACAAAUUCCCAGUCCAGAAGUGUGUAGUUUUCCUCCAGUAUCAGCCUUACCCCUUGAGUCAAACCAAACAGAGAAUACUGAAGAUGUUGCAGAGCAGCUGGCUCCCACUCAGUCUCCAGUUGAUGUGAAGAGCUUUGAGAUCCCUGCCGUUGAGAGUGCUGAAGUUGAUGCCCAGGAAAAACCCCAGUUGCCAGAGCCAGAAGUAGAACCCUUGUCAACAACAGAGAUGAAGCUUCCCCCUGAAGCACCACCUGUGUGCUCCUCUCAGCACCCAGCCAAGUCUUCAUCCUUCUCCAUUGACAGUAUACUGCACGAAGAAAAGGUGACCAGAACUGAUGGGUUGCCAGUAUCAUCCUCCCCUGUCUCUUUAGUUGCCCAUCAGAGUAGAUCUCCCCCCAGUGUGACCUCUGUGGUGACAACACAUCAGUCCAUCACAAGCACACACUUAACAAGCAGUGCCUUCACUAAAGCUCCCGUCCCAGCAGCACAUAAGGCUUCACCCCUAGCCAGCAGGAGUCUUCUCAACACAGGUGGUAUAGCCUUUGCACACAACCCUUCAUUUCUUAAUUUUGUUCAGAAAUCCCUUCAUACGGCACCUUCACUGUUAACGAGUCAAGCACACACUGUCACAGCCCCAAUGUUUCCCUAUGGGUUAACAGAGUCUGUGCAAAAAUUAGUUCCACCCAUGGGAGCUGUUGAAGAAGGGCGCACACCCAUUGUGAAACCGUUGGCUACCCUGGCCACAGCACAGCCUAUGCAAACUCACAUCCUAGGACAUCCUCCUAGUUUAGUUCUCCCCAAGACUGUACCAACUAGAAUAAUUCAGCAGGAUGGUGUGUCAAAUAUGGAGAUGUUAGCUAGGUGGUCUGAGAGUCACAGUCCCAAGAGUAGGAGAAGUCCGCUGGAAUUGGGGGCCUUGAGUCCUAAUGCCACAUUUCCCACACCUUCUCCUGUACAGGUAAGCCCACUUAGCCCCACAGCAAGCUCACAUGGACAGUUGACUGCCCAGUCCAAAGAACAGUACCAACAGUCAAGUCCAGGGCAGAAUUGCCAGCAGUCACCCAGCCCUACUCCAGUUCAGCAGCUAGUCGGUACCGUUAAGUCACACCACACAGUGCCAGUCACACAGGCUGUACAGGUACAGAGAGUGCCUCCCUCUAUAGGCCACUCACCUGGACGACUGGUCCAAGUCCCUCCAGUUCAGAUGGUAAAACCAUUUUCAGUAGAAACUUCCUCUAAAGAGAGUGUUAGUCAUACGGUAAAUACAGAGACUUCAGAUCACAUGUAUCAUAAACCUGAACUAAGCUCCUCUGAAUCAACUAGUCACGAACCUGAAGAGAAUGAAAUACAGCACAAAGAGAGUGAGAAGCAAGAAGAACAGACAGAUGCCAAACAGACAGACCCAAGUAAAGGUGUAAAAAGGAAGCUGGAAGGUUGUGAAGAAAAUUCUAGUACCAAAAUAAAUAAAUUAGAUUCAGAAGUAAAGAAAGAAAAUGAACCUGAAAAUAAUCAAGCGGAAGAAGUUCUACCUGAAAAUCCUCCAGAGAAUGAAGGUUCUCAUAGCCCAAGUAAUGAAUGUAAAGAGAUGGAGGAACAGAGCUCUGUAAGGCAAGAAAAUAUCAAUGAAAACUUAAGCUCUGAAGCAAAAGCAGAAAUAACACCGAAAGCAGACCGAGUGAUGCAGAGAAAAAACCGAGAAUCUGUUGAAUCAAAUCACAGUAAUGGUAGUCUUGAAAAGGAUGGACACAGAGCAACAAGAGCAAGCAAGAGAGAAUCUCCAGUUACCAGAACCACACCCGUAACGAGAUCCACUCCAAGAAGCCGACAGAAAGUAGAGACUGUAAAUGCUACCACCCCAGUGAACAAUACAGAAGAGGGCACCAAUAAGAGUGUCAGGGCAUUACGUGGAAAGAGAAAGUUGGAGGUGAGUGAAGAACCUUCUCCUGAAAUGACUCAAAAUCAGAUGAAAAAGAUGAAAGAUGAGAACAGUGAAAAUGUGCUUUCUGAGGAACUUCUGUCUAGUGAAGAUGACAAUGUCUCUCUCAAUGAUUUAAAGAUGGGAAAUCGGAGGAAUGCACGCAGGAAAGAACCAGUAAGUGGCAAUAAAGCCAAAAAUGGCCCAAUUCAGGCAGAGACCCAAAAGGCUACAUUAAAAUUGGGAAGGACUGCUGGAAAAAGUGUUGAUAUUGGCACUAAGACUGAAGCAGAUCAGUUGACAAGGGGUACGAGAACUAGAAGCAGAGCUCACAAAGAAGCCCAAGUUAUUUCAGAUAACCAGAAUGAAGCAGAACCAUUACAGAAGGGGAAAGUGAAAAAAGAGGACAUUUCAGAAAAUGGGGACGGCAAAAAGGGGCCUUGCAGAAAGAAUGCAAAAAAUAAAGCAGAAGAAAAACCUGGUGCUAAGAAUAAAGGUUUGAAAAAUGCACCCGAGUCAUCUUUGGAACCUGCACAAAAGAGAACCACAAGAUCAACUAGAUCAGCAAAAGAUCAACAAGACCCCCCUCACCUGACCGGCAAGAGGCGUAGGUGACCCUUGGUGCCCUCUGUGACAAAUCCCACAGGAACUUAAUGAACAAAUCUAGUCUUCAAACUUCUCAUUCUACAUUGGGGCCAUAUGAUGUAGUGGUAGUGGUAUAUAGAGGGUUUUGCAGGGUUGAUGUGUGCAGCAUUGGUCAUCCAUCCAUGGAGAGGAUUUUUUUUUAGAAAAGCUGACCUGUUACAAGGCACUUCUAACAAUCAGUGUGUGGUUUCAAACCCAAACUAUUUGCCAAUAUUUUGUUUUUCUUCAAGAUGCAGCAGGAGUAAAUGGUACAUGUUGUGUUAUUUAUCAGGAGCGUGUUUGCUGUUCAAGAAUAAUGUAUAUAGAAAACCUGUGUACCAUUGUAGUAAAAUGUGGGUGCCUUGGUUGUCAAACUGUUGGUGUCGUAGUCCGUAGACAAAAUAUGAAGUUAUUGCCACUGGGGAAUAUUAUUUUAUUAAAUUACAAAAGAACACCUUUUCAGAUACUUUGAGAGAUUGACAUUUAUUUUAAUAAAAACUCUGUUGAAAUAUA